GUCAAAGUGGGUAGACGUACGCAGCUCGUUUCGAGAAAUUUUAUUUAUUACAACGGGUGUUAUUGACAUUUGAAUAAACAAACGGUAUCGCGAUAUAUGAAAGUGUUUCUAUAUUGUUUCAAAAUCCAAUUGUGCAAUUUACGAUUUGAACCAUUGACAAAGUAAUUCGGCCACCCUCUGUUGUUAAAUAUUUAUACACUCCACCAGCGCACAUUUGGACCGCAGCCCGCCCCCAUCCCUUCAUUAGACCGUGCGUGUGUGGCGCCAACAUAUGUAAAAGCAUCCAUUGUCGCACCCGAUAAGAACAACAACCACAAUUAUUGCAACGAAUCCCACAACAAUUGUUGCCGAUGAGGUGAAUGAACCAUAAUUCGAGGCGGUGAACCCUCUACUCCCAUCCCCCCACAUCGGGGCUGUAAUUAAGACGCAUUGCUAAUUGGAAGUUGGAAAGUUCACUGGCAUCAAGAUGCCUUCGUUGCGUCAAAAGGUCACCACGUACUUUCGACAAUUGAGUUUCAUUGCGGAGCCUCGCGAUGGCCGCCGACGAGUUAAUGGCAACGAGGAGACGGAUGAUGGCAGCUUCAUAACCAAAUAUCUAGAGGGUCGCAUGCAGCGUGAGUUUAUUCCCGGCGGACCGGAGAUCUAUAAUGGCCAGAAUCCAACAGAGAUGCCCGUGCUGAAGCUGGGCCGUUAUGCCAGCGGCUCGGAUACCAUCACUGCCGCCUGUACAGGUCCCGACGAGGGACUGACGGGCAUCAAGCGCUCGAAAUUGCAUUUAAGUGCGAGUUAUGCGGAUGAUAUUGACUUUAUCGAUACGCAGCAGGAGAACGAGGACGCCUAUGGUGUUCGGAAGAGCACACCUCCAGUGUCCUCGACGACUCGGCUAAGCAACAAGUUUGCGCGUCCCACGGGCUCCAGGCGACAGAGUAAUGCGGAUCAGACGCCGCAGGGAACAGGUUCCUCAGGAACUGCAUCCAACGCAGGCAUGCGUUCUAGAAAAAACUCGAAAAACAGCAUUACGGCCGUGCCAGCUGCACCGACAGAGGCCGGCGGCAAGGCUACCACCAUAGUGGUUAGCAUGGUCAGCAGCAGCAAUGCCUCACAGGAUCAGAACAACAAGAAUCUGCUUAAUGCCAAGACUGAGGUCUCCAGGACAACCGGAGGAGAUGGCAACUCAGAACGGGAGCGUCUUCUUCGCGAGGCGGUUAGCAAUCAAAGCGGUAAUCCCACCACAACAACAACGACAGCAACAACGACAACCACCACCAACAACAGCAGCAGCAACACAUUGUCCACGCCAGUGGCAGGCGUGGAAAACUGGCAAAUGGAUUGCGACUUUGCAUACGGCAUCUCAGUUUCGCUCUACGAGAACAACAUGUUAACCAAAGAGCCCAUGGGCAAUCCCAUUGCCGACUGUUACGGCUGUGUGGUGCGCGGCGAAGCCGCUGCCAUGGCCAUGGCCGAUGGCGUCAAUUGGGGAGACGGCGCCCGUUUGGCUGCCCGAUCCGCAGUGCAUGGAUGCCUCGACUACUUGGACCGUGCAGUGUUUGGACAGGCACAGGAGUGUCUGGCCACCACAACGCAAGAGCUGUUCGUGAGUCUGUUGCGCAGUCUGUGGGAGGGACAUGGCUGUAUACUGGAGGUGGGUGGCGCCCUGUCGACGCUGACAAUUGCUGUGGUGCUGCCGUUGGACGGUGCACCUGGCAAGUAUGUGGUGUGCUCCUGCAAUGUAGGUGACUCUCUGGGAUACGUGUACUCUAAGAAGCACGGCGUUCGAGAGUUGACACAAGGAUCCCACGACAUAAGCUCCAUGCGGGACAUGCGUGACGCUUUGGGAGCGCUGGGACCUGCGGAUGGUAACAAGCCGGAGCUAAGCAAUCUCACAUUCUCAAUGAGCUGUCUGGAACGUGGCGACAUUGUCUUUCUCACGUCCGACGGCAUCAGUGAUAACUUUGAUCCGGUCGUGGGCAAGUUUGCCGAGGCCUGGACUCCGGAUGUGAAGCUACAGCAGUUACAGACCGGUAAUCUGGCUCCCAAGCGCCAGAACAAAAGCGCCUCUGCGAUUUACGCUCGAUUGCAUCCGUCAUCGGCCACGCCGCCUGGUCGAACGCGUCAGCCAAAAGCAGGCAGUCCUCCCAGCAAUGUGCCCAGUCGGCCCAAGUACAUGCGCUCCCAGACUCUGAUCGAUGCGCGCCACGGAGUCACAACAGGUUCUGCGUCAAACGCUCCAACGCCGCCGCUGCAGCGGAUACCCAAGUCGGCUAUGGGUCUGCCUCUGGUCACUGGACCGCAGCGUCAUGCGUUAACGCUCUAUCGCCUGGAGGAUCUGCUCAGCUACGGCAUCAAUGGCACCUUCUCACCCUGCGCUUCGGCGAGACGGCUUUGUCAUCUGCUGAUCGAUUUUGUGCGAAUGAUCACCUCAGCCCGCCGCAAGACUCUCGAGCAGCGUGAACUCUUCUACAAGCUAUCCACGGGUCCCGACGGUGUCAAGCGCGAAGUGCAACUGAAUCGAAUGCAACACAGAGCGGCACGCAAGCGCGUCGUCGAUAGCAGCGCCUUUGCCGCAUUGCCGGGUAAACUGGAUCAUGCCACUGUUUUGGCUUACACAGUAGGUGGAGCAUCUGCGGAUUCAGCGGAGGAUGAAACAUCUGGCGGCGGAGGAGGAGGGAAUGGCAAUGUUGCUCCUGUGCUGCAGUCCAAGGAAUUCAAAGAGACAAAUUUCUAAACUCACACACACACUUUCAUAGGUAUUCACCACACAUACAUCUAUAAAUAUAUAAAUAACUACCAAUAAAUAUGUAGUUUAAUGUAUACAUACAUAUACAUAUAUUAUUUAAUUGGUAUUCCAUUCGUGUAGCUUUCUUAUAAGUUGUCAUGUGUCAUGUGUGUGAUCUUUCAAGUUUGUCAGCCAUAGUUUUAGCCAUUUUUGAAAUGCACACGCAAAACAAAUCGACAAAUUGCCUCAAAUGUUUUAAACUAUACACAACAAAAAUGAAAAAGAGCAACAAAUGUAAUUCAUAUUUUUACACCUUCUUACAUGAAGAUUUGCAAAACAUAAAAGUACGCAACGGCUUAUCGUGAAAUUGUUGAAAUAUGUGCGAGUUCACGAUAAGGUGCUGCAUAUAAACGUCGUAUCGCACAGCUUAGAUUUCUAAGGGGCUGUGUCAAACGGGCCUAAAGCAAUCAAAAUUUAAAUAAACGUAUAUAAACGCAUUUAAUACUA